CAACAUGAUCUCUAGAAGAGUCACAAUUCUAUCAGUGUGUGCUACCUCCUCUCUUCUCACUCCUUUCCUCAACCAACAUGAUCUCUAGAAGAGUCACAAUUCUAUCAGAGUGUGCUACCUCCUCUCUUCUCACUCCUUUCCUCAACCAACAUGAUCUCUAGAAGAGUCACAAUGUGAGUUCAACUCUAAGGGUGAAUUACACAUAGCAACCAGGGUCACACCUUAGCAACCAGGGUUUGGUAAGGGAUAUGCACACCAUGUAUGUUGUGUAAGAUAUGAAAAAGCAUGUUUGUCUCUCUUGCAUGACAUGUGAAGUGUGCAUAUACCUUAAUUAAUAUGGGAGUUUAGUACAAGGCUGAAUAGUUAUGUGUAC